AGCUGCUCUGGCCCAAGCCAUGUUGGCUCAAGAUUGGAGUUGCCAUGAUUCCGCGCUUAGCCUUGCGAACAUGGCUGGGGCGUUUCAAUCACGAGGACCUUCUUCCACACAUGACUAUGACAGACCACGUGUACACUGGUUGUUUUCUUGCCACCUUAAAUCCUACACUCUGCGGGCGAGUAUUGGAAGCAGCAGCGAAGGAGCACGACCGUCUGUCCCAUCCAUGUUGCAAGAUCCGAGACGCAGCCAGGAACUCGGAGCGUGGAUCCUCACCGAAAUACGAUUGGCUGCGGGUCAUCCAGAACUGUGCGGCGACCAGGGUUGAGCACAAAUCUGGACGAGUUCGAUGGAAUGGGCGUUGGCUCGCGCACUUUCAAAAUAUCAAACCUUGGUGCCAUGAUGAGUUGCGACUCUCGUUUUGGACGCCAGCCACUGUUUAUUCGUUUGUGCAUUCAGGAGACAAGUUCUGUUCAUCCGCCGGGCAGCGAACCGAUGCGUUUGGUCACUCAGUGUUGUUAACCGGCCCAAAGGGGGAAACAUAUCUGGAUGCUGCGGUGCAACGCAUCGUCCUGAAGGCAAAUACAAUAGGACAAGUGACAUCGUAUGGCCUAGGCGAUCCCAUUGUGCGGUCGGCUUUUGCAGACUUGGCGACAUUCACCCACAAAGUCUACUCAGAACAAGAGUGUCCGCUGCAUGCUUUGUCUCGCGCAGUACGAGCAAGGUUGCUGGAAUCAAUUGCCAGACGAUUCGAUAUGAUACGGCACCCAGAUUGUAUCGUCGAAGAUGCCGAUUGCUGUGCUGGUGUAAAUGGAAUAUCCCUGGGUGAGAAUCAGCGGCCAUACGAUUGGAAGCGGGUUUCUUUAACUGGACGCCGGGCAACGAGAGUAGAAUGCAAGACAGCUCAAGUUGCUUGGGAUUGUACUAAUCACACCUGGCGGGCAAGCUGGCAUGGCAUUAAAGAAGGAACUCACGACGAGUUGCAGCUUACAGUAUAUUCGCCGUGGGCACUCCGGACAUUUAUUCAUGAUGGCACGACUGGCUUUGCAAGAUGCGGUGUUCAGACGUCUGUUGGCGGUUCCCGGAUCGUCAUUCACGGACCUAUUGGAACUCCUGAUAUUGAAAACUCUGUGGACGCAAUUUGUCAGAAGGCCAGGAUGGCGUUCGGUGCGCCUAUUUGGGAGCUGCGUUGAGGCGUCUUGUUCGGAUGAGCCAUGCGCACUUGCGUUGGCAGCAGGCCUGUGUAGCUCGGGUUCUGGGCCCGUUAUGGGCCAUCCAAAGUAACAGUUCCCUUCGGCCCAGCACCAGGAGCUUGUGGCCUUCAGCAUUCCGACGAGUGUCGACACGCCCGGCCGUCCAUCCGAGCCGCGGCGCGUGCCGCGGCGCGCUCUCGCGCAGGUGACGGCCCCCGCGAGCGCCCGGGCUGGACGCCAAGGCCUUGCAAGCACUGGCCGAAGGCCCUGGUCGGCGGGACACGCCGUGGGGCUUUCUCGGUGUCUGCGCGCGUGAGUCUGUGCAGCUGGUCGCUAGGGCGACGCCGAGGUAUACCGCCUGCUUCGGCGCCAGGGUCCACUCCAGUCCAGGUCCGAGUGCCCUGGGGGGUCUUGCUGCGGGAGGGCGGCGGGGAGACGGAAGUGAGACGCCCAAACAGACAUAGUCAGGGUUGGCAGUGGUCUUCAGCAACUCGGGCUCAAUCAUUUCAUCACGAGUGCAACCCGCGAGAUUUGGAAAGUGACACCGCCCAGGGCCAACCCAGCGGCAACCUCAGAGAGCGCCCACACUUUGAGAGUCCGCCUAUGGCGCAGGUCCGAGCGUGUGUUUUUUGACGGCGAGGCCAGGGUUGCGACAUUGUGAAGAGGGGUCGGAGGAGG